AUGGCCAACACUGCCCAGAGAGUUCCAGGCACUGAAGCCUUGAUGACUUCACGACUGGAAGGAGAUCAGAUUCAAGCAGAUGAAGGAAGGCAGGACAAUCCAGAGGACAAAGCCAGAGCCGGUGUUUAUGACCCCAGUCCAGGCCAGAAUAUCAGAAAUCUGACGCGGUGCCAGAGGGAAAUCCAGGUCGGUGUGAAGAAGCAGUUCCGGGGUCAUCAACAGGCAGAAUCCAGCAGGAGUCCGAAAAAGAUCAGAAUAGGAACAGGCAGAAUCAGAGGGGACCUUCACCCUGUCCUCUCUGUGUCUCCAUCAUGGCUGAGUCCUGGAGCCUCAGUGACUCUGAGCUGUGAAGUUAAACCUCAGUCUGCAGGAUGGAGGUUCUUCUGGUAUAAAGCUGUUCCUGAUUUGUCAUCCAAAUCCUACAGCUUAGAGCUGCUGCCUGACAUCACCAACAUAACUGAACUAAACUCCUCCAUCCUUCAUGGACAAAAUCACACAGCAGGAUAUGUGUGCAGAGCAGGAAGAGGAGAUCCAGCAGAUUUAACUGCUUACAGUAAAUCAAAGUUUAUCUGGUCUGCAGAUCCUCAUCCAGCAGCGUCUCUCUCAUUGAGUCCUGGCAGAGUUCAACACUUCAGCUCUGACUCUGUGUCUCUGAGCUGUGAGGGAAACUCUGCUGAAUAUAGAGUGAAGUGGAUUACAGAAACAGGUUUACUGUUUGACUGCUCCGACAAGGGGAAAAUGAACAGAUCUACAUGUAGCAUCAGUUUGUACUGGUAUCAUAGUGGAGUGUACUGGUGUGAGUCUGGAUCAGGACGCUUCAGCAACGCCGUCAACAUCACUGUGCAGGAAGAUAUCAAUGGUAUUAUCCUGUUGAGCCCCGUCCAUCCUGUGACUGAGGGAGAUCCUGUUACUCUGAGCUGCAGAGAUAAAGAACAAAAACUUCUCUCCAAUGUGUUUUUCUAUCACAAUAACAAACUGAUCCACAAUGACAGCAGAGAGGAGCUGAAGAUCUCUGCAGUGUCAAAGUCAGAUGAAGGUUUCUACAAGUGUGAACAUUCAGGAAAGGAGUCACUACAGAGCUGGAUGGCUGUUAGAGUGCCUCUCACCAGUCCUGUCAGCUCUUCACUUCCUGUGCUGCUGAUCGUUGGAACAUUUAUUGGACUCAUUCUCAUUAGUCUCCUGAUCUUUUUGUGGUGCUGCAGACGGUCUAAGGAUCUGUGCUGCAUCAGAUCAAGGGUCUCAGAGAGCAGGAGUCAGAUCUACACCAACCAGACUGAAGGUGAUGCUCAUUGCUAUGAUAUAAUCUACUCUGCUGAAGCUGCUGGAAAUGGAAAGUCAAGUCCAGCAGCAGAGGAUGCAGCAGUUUAUUCUGAGAUCAGCUCAGUACCAGCUCUGGAGAACAAUGCUGACAUGUAG